GUCGCGUCCAUCCCUUAUCUUGGCGGGAAAAUUGUGACACUUCUUUUUUCGAACGUUCGAAAAAAGUAUCUUUAUUUCCGUUUGUGUUUUUUUUUUCUAUAUUGGACAUUUGACAUUUGUGAUUCGGUCUCCUUUAUUCGAUGACAGCUCAAGUGUAAAACCUUUUUGAUCCCUGAAGAUGUACCUCAAAUGGAUUUCCUUAGUGACUGCCGUUUUAAUUAAUUUAUGUACCGCUAUCACAAUCAACUGGCAAAGAAAAGAAGAUCACUACCAUAUACUUCAUCAGUACCAACGUGAUGCGACACCGUGGUCCCGGGCUCGCGGGAUUAGUGCUGACACCCCGGACUACCCCGGGAAUUACGGUACUCUAGAGCGUAAUGCAAGAACGAAUACACACAUAUCAAAACAAAAUAAACAAAGAAUAGAAGAGCAAAGAAUUUCUGAGAGCUACGCAGAUGAACAUGUACACUUCAUAAGGACUAAGAGGGACCUUGGAUCUGGCAAUGUUAUCAUCACACAACAUUUUAGCGACAAGGUUUUAAGCCCUGGUGAUGAGAUAAGUCUUCAAUGUACUGCUACAGCUGACAAACCUCCAAGGUUCAUUUGGGAAAGGGAUGGAGUUGUUAUUUCUCCGAAUACUGAUCAAAGGUACACAUUAGGUCAGAUGAUGUCACCGACCGGAGUCGGUGUGGUGUCACAGCUGAACAUCACGAGGGCAAGGGUAGAAGACGGUGGCUUGUACUCCUGCUUAGCUCUGGAAGGUGACUCCAAUACAGGACAUUCGUCUAGAAUUGAUGUUUUUGGACCUCCAUAUAUAAGAACGUUGCCACCAAUUAAAGUUCAGAGUGGAGAACCAUUGAAGUUGAGGUGUCCUUACUAUGGAUAUCCCAUUAGCAAACUAGAAUGGGAACAUAAAGGAAAGAAGAUUAUUAGUUCCACUCUCCCACAACACUCUAGAUACAAAAGAACAUACUCAACUACUUCUAAUAACAGUAAGAAUACUAGGAGAAAACGGAAGAAAAGACAGCUCUUUGAGACGGGAGCUGAUGGCGUACUGAAUAUACCGAGAGUUUUAAAAGAAGAAAACGGGGAUACGUAUACUUGUAUUGUGUAUUCUCCGUCAGGAGAAAUGGCUAGAAGGUCGUUUGAAAUUCAAGUGGUAGAAGCGCCAGAACUAGAUGAGCUGCGAGUAGGCAGUGGAUUGAAGGAAGGCCAAAUAGUUCAGAUAACUUGCAACAUUAUCAGCGGUGACCCACCCAUUUACUUCUCCUGGCUCAAGGAUGGAAAGAAACUUCCAGCUAGUUUAAAGAUAACAGAAAGAAGUUCGGAGUUGUUCAGCGUUUUGAUAAUAAAACGCGUGUCUUUAGAACACUGUGGUAAAUAUACGUGUAUAGCAACUAACCAUGUUGGUAAAGUUAACCAGACUGCUGAUCUUUAUAUUAAUGUGGCACCUAAAUGGAUAGAAGAACCAACUAACACUUCGCUGCUGUUAGGACAACGUGGCGUGGUAUAUUGCAAUGCAAACGGCUAUCCAACGCCGCAAAUACAUUGGAUGAAGAGGGACGCAACACUCGGUAUAUGGAGACCAGUCCUGGAUUUGGCUGGAGGUGGAGUGAUGAGCUACCCAAACGGUACCCUCAUUAUCGAAGUGGUAUCUCUUUCUGAUGAGGGAAUGUAUGCAUGCAACGUUGAGAAUGGAGUGGGCGAUGCCCUGAACAAGAAUCUUUGGAUUAGUGUUAAUAAGCCGGUGCACUUUGAGUCAGUGGGCGCUAACCUCACUACAAAGAUGGGUCUCCCUGUCACGCUGACCUGCAGACCGCUUGGAGACAACCCCAUCAGAGUCAAAUGGUCAUUAGAUGGAAAAGCCAUUGAUUUUACAUCAUCAAGACUCACAAUAUCAGAAACGAUGACUCGUAAUGGGCUGAAUAGUUUGAUCAACAUAAACUAUGUGGAGAGCAGAGACGGAGGGACUUACGAGUGUCGGGCCAGCAAUCCCUAUGGCGUUGCUGCUUUUAAUGUGCAUUUGGAUAUACUUGAGCCCCCAACGCCUCCUCUAGACCUUCAAGUGGACUCAGUGACCAGUAACUCAGUGAAGUUAUCCUGGAGAGACACCAUCAGUACGCAUGUACAGUACUACACCCUGCAGUACACGACCAACGACUUUAUGAUGUGGGAUACAGCCAAGAGUAUGAAUAUUACUAGGCAAGAGAAUGAUGUUCGUCAGAGUAUAGAGUUGAGAGAUCUGCAGCCAGCUAUGGACUACAGAGUUAGAAUAGCAUCAGGCAACCAGGUGGACUUGAGUCCGUAUACGCAGCCAGUACAUUUUAGUACGCAACAAGAAGCACCAUCAUCAACUCCACUAGGAGUGCAAGUCCAACAGACAGAGAGUCCUGGAGAACUGAUCGUAUCAUGGCUGCCACCGCCACGAGAGAGUCACAAUGGACAGUUGCAAGGAUAUCACGUGAAAGCCGUCCCUAGAAUCAGUGGGGAUCCAGUGCCUAACGACACUCAAACGAAGAUCGUGAAGGUGAUGUCCAGAAAAGGAAAACAAGAGACAACGCUAAGUGGACUAUUAAAAAAUAUGAGGUAUGCGGUAUCAGUGAGUGCUUUUAAUUCAGCUGGCAAUGGUCCCUUCUCAUUACCUGUUUACCAGACAACGAGAGAAGGAGCUCCAGAACUACCACCAUCAGGAGUAGAGUGUAGAGGAGUAUCUUCAUCGUCCUUGAGGAUUGCGUGGCAGCCAAUCACAGCUCAUGGAGCAUCGCUUCUUGGAUACUCAGCGUAUUAUAGUACUGAAGAUGGACCAUGGCAGAACAUAAGCUCGUCCCACACAGAAUUGUAUCUUCAAGCUUUACUAAAGUACACGAACUAUACAGUGAAAGUAGCUGGCUUCUCAAACUAUGGACUGGGACCAUUUUCCUACCCUAUUAUUUGUACUACGUUGCAAGAUGUGCCCGGUCCACCUUCAGCCAUAAAAGUCUUGGUGUCAUCACCCACGUCACUCCUCGUCAGCUGGAAGAGACCAGAGGAAGCCAAUGGAGACAUUACACAUUACACUGUGUAUGUGAAACCAGUGUCGAGCACCAACUCACCACAAAACUACCGAGUGGAAGCUGCACAAGAGACAAACCUCCGCCAGCUGACGUGCCCGGUGUCGGGGCUGGCCCCGGCCCGACAGUAUGAAGUCUUCGUCAGAGCUCACACUGCUGUCGGAGAGGGGACGCCCAGCAAUAGACUUCACAUUGAAUUGACUUCUAAAGUGGUGGCGGGAGUAGCGUCCCUAGGCGGAGUAGUGUCAGUAGGAGUGGGCAGUUCUCUGCUCCUGGUGUGCCAGUGCGUGGGCGCGCCCCCGCCGCGCACGGUGUGGUACCACAAACACAACAUCAUCACGCACCAUCCCAGGUUCACCAGGAACCAUGACGACAGCUUGUUGAUUAAUAAUAUUGACCAAUCACUAAGCGGUAAUUACACCUGCUUAGCGAAGAACCUGUACGGUUCUGACUCAGUGUCUUACGAGGUGCUAGUACUGCCUACUCCUGAACCGCCGAGUUUGAGAGUGACGUCACAUAAGAAUGCUAUACAUCUGCAAUGGGAGUUACCUAGGAAAAUAGGAGGGAAAUCACAGAAAAUAAGUUACAAUCUCACUUGGAAAGAAGCGAACGGUUCUUGGCAAGACGCAUGGUCAAGCAAGGGAACUUCUCUUCAAGGAACUCAGGAGUAUACUCUACAGGGUUUAAAAUGUGGAACCAAAUACUCCUUGAGGAUGACUGCAGCUAACAGUGUGGGGUCCUCGCAACCUUCUUAUAUGGAUGCUAAUACUUUGGGAGGAGUACCAAUAUCACCAACCAGCACCGAGUGGUUCUGGAGUAACGCCACACACAUUUACAUUCAGCUGAGUGGGUGGGAUGACAAUGGAUGCGAGAUCACCAGGUUUGAAGUGGAAUACAAGGAGUUUGGCAGCAAGACGUGGAAGAAGGCUGAAAAUAGACUUCCUUCAAUAGACCAAGCAUGGAGCCACUACGUGCCCUCUUCAAUCCUCGCUCAGCCAAACUCAUUCGUACUAGCGGAGCUGGUCCCAGCCCAGUGGUACCAUGUCAGGGUCACUGCUGAAAAUGCUGCUGGUAUCUCCACGUCUAUGUAUAGUUAUGCAACCACUACUGUGCAAGGAGAAUCAGUGGGACCACCAUCGGACUUUUUCGAUUUGAACAUGCUGGUGAUCAUCUGCAGUUCUAUACUUCUUAUGAUCUGUUCGCUGACUUGCGUUUACAUACUAGUCAAGAGGCACAAUCACCAGCAUCUAACAGAAUACAGAAAUUCUCUGACAGCAGAAUGUAAGUCAGAGCGCAGUAAUAUGACAGUGAACACACCGCAAAGUGUGCCUACUGACAUGAGUAAUAGAGUCUACAGUACACCUGUACAUCUUACUGCUGAGAAUAAACAUGAAUUGUACGAGAUAAGUCCAUACGCACAAUUUGCGAUAGGAUUUCGAACGUUCGGUCAUGUUGACAAUCAAGAAGUGCCGAAUAGAGUUCAUCUACCCGGUAAUAGCAAAUCAAGAUACGAUAGUGAGACAAGUUUUCAAAUGCGAUCCGAGUCCGAAGAGAGUGACUGCGUGUCGCGAACAACUACAUUGAAAAGUGUACCAAGAAAAGCCUGCAGAGUCCCACAUCACAGGUAGCUGAGAAAAUAACAGGAUAGUAGAUAAUGCGUAGUAGACAAUUUUUAUAAUGGUUGUGUUCAUAUCAACAUAACAACUUACAUUGUGUCACAUAAAUUAAGGUUGUAUUCAUUUAUUUAUAUCACUUUGAAAUAGUAGUUUAUGAGAAUUAUUAACAACUUGUAUUAGCUAAGUAGCAGUUUGUAAAAUAAUGAUCGUUAUUCAAUUUUAAUGUAGUACCUUUGUUAUGCAAUCACUUGCAUAACUGAGUGUUGAUUGAGUGUUCAAUGUCAUAAUUGAGUAUUUAUUUUUUACUUGAUUAUAAUUUUGUUUUAAUAAAAUUUAAGUUGAGAAUGUGA